AUAUUUCUUUUUGCUCUUCUCAUGGUUAAAUUUAAGAACCGAUAUCUUCUUGUCGAGCUCAUUCGAGAUCCCUUCUGCUCGGAACACAUCGAUAAGCCUGAACUUCUAAAUGCCAUUGAAUCAUCUAUUCAAACAAAUUUUGGAAUAUACGGGCUGUCACUUUUGUUGCCUACCUUACAAGUCAAAUAUUAUCAUGAAAAACUCAGGCUAGCCAUUAUUCGAAUUCGGAAGGAGCACCUUCGUGUAUUUUGGUCUGCGCUUACUCUUGUUUCGUCUGUGUCAGGAGUGCCAACUAUGUUGCGCACACUCCAUAUCGGCGGAUCUAUUCUUUCAUGCGAAAAAAAGAUGCUGAAGUUUCAUCGCGAUGCAAUAUCUCAUGUUGGUCGAAUAAUGAAACGCGUUCCUCAUGGCGCUUUUAGUGGCGAAAAAAUUUGACAUUUUUUCAUAGCCACUAUAAACGUCUGUCUCAGUUCCUAAAUAGCGUCUAUACGGCAGUCCCUGACAACAUCUUCGCUCAAAAUAUCAAAAAAAUUUUUUGUCAGGAAUUUUACGUUUGACCAAUUCAAGUUGACACUCUUGUCACACUGAACCUGAUUGAUGCCACCUCUGUGACCUUGAUUCUGGAAGUUUCAUAGAGAUUCACCAUGAAUAAGAGGAAGUGUGCACGCCACGUCCAGAAUGAUACAUAUAAUGUUGUCAAUUCGUUGCUGCCGACUCCUUUAGAAUGCUCUGCUUAUUAUAGGCUUACGUCCGAUAUGAGCGAUCCAGAUUCAUGGAAUGUGGCAAGCAAGCAAUACCCAGCUACUCUCUUAGACAUUCCAAUUUAUUUGGCGAAGGCGCUUCCCAAUAUACACUGUUUGGCACCAAAUAGAGCCGUUAAUCCUGAUUUAUCCGACAAUUGUUCGUCGAGUUCGUUAUCCUUGCUUGAUUUUAGCGAGGAGGUGAUGCGAGUUUUAUGCCCAUUGGUGGAUGCAUCCGAUUUUGGUAAGCGAUCUGUUCAUGCCUUGCGGGAGGAGGCUCAAAACGAUGCGGAUGUAGUUAGAGCUUCUGAAAUUGUCCAUGACGAUAGACACUCGAAAUAUAUGCCAUAUUUUAUAAAACUGAAGGAAAUAUCUCACGCGUUGAAAAGCUCCCAGCUUACGGUGUCUGAAAAAGAGGAGCUUUGCAAAAAGUUUCGCCUGACGUCUGAGCAAUCGUCAGAAUCGGGUGCAUCGGCGAUUUUAUUUGAAGCACUUUACAGUCAUUAUUUAGAUCACGUGGAGUCAGGAUGUAAAAGCAAUUCAAAAGGUGCAUUGGAAUCGGUACAAAAGUCGAUUUGUCAGCUGUUAGACAUACAAAGCGGUUUGACGCACGAAAGAUUGAGAGAUGGUCUGAAUGAAAAUUUGAAGGGUUCAUUGUCGAAUUCUGGAUUUCGAGGGUUGAAGGAGGACGUUGAGCCUGGAGAAGGCUGUGACGAAGUUGCAACUAAAAGAGGUUCGAGGUCGUCGGGAGAGAAUGCAAACGGGGUAGGUCUUGUUGAUUACAGGGAUGGGUUGGUGGACGCUGGUCUUAGCAGUUUGAAGGGUUGCAGUGUUGAGACCGAUACUAGAGAGCGAGUUGUUGCAGGUGGCUGCGGCGAUGAAGAGGUGGUGGCUGAUGAGUUAGCAGAAGGUGUCGCACAAGAAAUGAAUACUGGCACGGAUUGUGUUGGACCAGAGGUGGCGGAUGCAGAUGAAGGCAUCAUUGAAGAGGAGAAGGUGCUUGAUUUAGGCGAAAAUAGAAGUGCUGAUUCUUCGCAGACGAGCAGCUCUGAAGAAUCAGAUAGCGGAAAUCAUGACAAGUCGCGAGGUUUGUAUUCGAUGAGCGAUAGAAAGAGAGAUAGAAAUGCGCCGACAGAGUUUGGGCGGCCAGGAGAAGUUAUGGAGCUGGGAAAAGAGGAGAGGAGUCCGGACGCGAAACGUCGUACGGUUGAGUUAGGAGAAAGUUCGUGUAGAAAGAAGAGGGCUCAAUAUCGGAUGCACGUGGAGACAUUGUCUCGCUGGUGUGAAGAGUGGCUGUGUAGGAAAAGCGACGAGUUGAAGAAAGAGGUGCCGAUGGACGCGUUGCCUUCUUAUAAGUUGUUUUCAGAUCUAUGUACAGAUGUGUAUAUGCCUGGAUCGGAGCAUGCGAAUUCCUGCUUUGAAAUGCUGAGUGAAGUAGUUGAAUAUGCAAAUAAUUUGGAGGCGAAGUUGAUCGCGGAAAGCGCGUUGCCGAUGCUGUCGGUGUUGUACGCGAUUGUGGCGCAAUGGGCGAUGAUGACGAGGAAGGAAUUCGACGCUGGGAGUGGUCCGAGGGACGACAGGGUGUUGACCAAUGCGUUGGGAGUGAUGAAGAAGGUGGUGAAUGAGUGGUGGAGGGAGGCGGGGAAGAGAGACGAAGCAGAGGCGAAUCUGGUGAGUCAGGUUUUUGUGGAGAUGCUGAGAUGUUUGAAGGAUUUGGUGGAAAAAUUUAAACUAUCGGACGACCAUUUGACGUUGAUUGUUUCGAGCGUGCUGCCAUUGGUUUACAUGGACGUGUUAGAGGGUGUCUAUGAGCAUAGCGUAUGUGUGAUCAAGGUGUUAUUUAGGCGAUACAAAUCGUAUAGAAAUGGGUUGAUUAUGGAUCUGUUGGUGGAAUUGGACAUGCGUUUGAAGGCCGAGAAAAAGGAGGGGGCGAAAGCGAGUGCGAAGAAGUCAGGAGAGUUGAAGAAGUACGUGGAGAGGUUUUGUUUUUUGGCGUUACAGAUGGUACAAGGAAGUGUGGUGCUGCCGCGCAAGGCUCAGACGAAGGCGGAAGAGGGGUCUGAGUUAGAAGAUGAAGAAGGGAUUAGUUCUUAUACCGUAUUGAGUCAUUGGGUGCGAGUGUUCAUCGCGCAGUUGUUUGUUCGCGUGGCAUCGAAUAUGGAGAGCAAAGACAACGAAUAUCAAAUGGUUUUAGGUCAGAUAGUGGAGUGCAUACUUGAAUUGUCAAGUCGCCCCGAAUGGCCGGCGACGUGGUUGUUUUUAUAUCAACUGCGGGUGAUGUUGAUUCAACACGGGAAGUGGGUGUCGACAUUGAAUUAUUCCAAGUUGACGGAGAAGUAUCAGAUACAUUUGGUUUCGCUGUUGGGUCAGCUGGCUGCGUCCUUUGCGAGGACUCGUUCGUGGGUAGAGAGGAGGAUAUUUAGGCAGAGAUCGGCCGAUCCGGAGUUGAAAGAGAAUGUGUGUUGCGCGAUUUGUCGAAAGAAGGCGAUCGCCGGAGUUGACUGGAUUGAGUGUGAGCGUUGCCACCAAUGGUGCAUUCAUGCCGGCUGUUGCGUGCAGGCGCCAUGGGCGGACGAUGCGGUUGGCGAGAGGGAUCAGAUGUGGUGGUGCGACGAUUGUGCGUUUGAUGAGACAGUCAAAUGGCUGGAACAGAGAAAAAUCAUACAGAAUGAAUCGAGCGACGGAGAUGAAAAAGACGAAAAGGAUCAAUUUGUUAAAGACUUGGCUAUGUUUCGUCUUUCUGAGUACGAGCGUUUUGCUGCUCAUGCGCUUAUGUCCAAUUACUUUAAUUUUCAUUACAGUCGGACGUUUCAGCAUUCAUUAUUGGAAGCGAAGCGGUUUUGGCUCUACCGUUGGCUUUUGGACACGUCUCACGACGAGUUUCGUUCGUUUUAUUACCAGGCGUGGCAGGAUGACGUAUCGCCCUGCACUUGGCCCUGUCGCGAGCCCGCAAAGGCGUCGCCUCGCGUUACGUGGAGAGGGGGCCAAUUGAACACCACGCCAGCUGCGGCCGGUCACAGGCAGAUUCCUAUUUUCCCUUCUAGUUUGGUACUGGGCGCGUCUCCGACUCUGCCUGGUGUUUUUUAUUUGAUGCAGCGUCUUUUUCAUGCUUCCCAAAGCAUGUCCAUGGUCUAUUACGGAAUUGUCGAUUAUUUGGUUUCGAUUUUGCACCAGGAACACGCUCGUGUUCGCGCUCACGUCUUGCACGUGCUGACGUCCGUUCUGCACUCCGAUCCUUCUCUGUUCAACUACCCGAAGGUGUACCACGCCAUUCGCAUGAGCUUUUCAGAUCCGUCCGCCAUGACGCGAGAAAAGUGUUUGAUUUUGGUAGGGCGGUUUCUGGCGACGCGGCAAGAUUGCAAGGACGCCUACAUGGCUUUGGUGACGGAAAACUUGACCGAUUCGUCGAUCCAGGUGAGAAAGCGAGUUGUGAGGAUCAUAUCGAGCCUUUGUCAUUUAAAGUUUCAUACGCUAUUGACAGCGAAGUUGUGCACUCUGUUGGUAUUGAAGGUGUUGCAUCAGCCGAUAGACCCGCUCCGGGAGAUGGUGUUGACUCUAUUUAGACAGCUUUGGCUGAGCAGUGACUCAGUGAGAAGGCAAUAUGUCGAGGAGGCCAAAGUGGAGUUGUUGACGCAGCCGAGUCGCUCUUCGCAAGAAUCAGAAAAGUGGAUCGGCGAUGAAGAUGACGAAUAUUUGUCUGCACCUGAUGCGUUUUGUCCCCUCGAUCAGACGAAUCAAGCCGACUGUUCAACUGGCGCUGACAUUGACAAUUAUACGCUAACGCUUGAAGAAUGGUUCGAAUUGAAUCAGUUUGUCGACCCCUACGACGACGCUUCUCUCAACGACCAACGGCUGUCUCGGUGUCGAUCUCUGCCCUGCUUCCUCAAAAAGCUCAAACACGACGGUCAGAUUCACAUUUUGUACCAGAUUUUAUACGUUCUCGAGCAGUGUUAUCUUCUUUCUGGCCUUUCUUCCGUUACCUGGCUCACCGACGUCUUUUGCGCCGGUCCUUCUGGAGAGACGCCAAAGAAGGGCUGCGAAGGCCGUGAUCCGCAGCUGGAGCCCUUCAUUAGCGUUUCCAUGAAGAUCUUGUUGUUGGGUCGCGAUGACGCGUCCGAGUUUGCCAGCGAGGGCGUUUUUUUCGAGCGUUGCGAAUGCAUGGAGAAGUGGUCCGAAAUCAAGAAGCUGGAGAUGGAGGGGAGCGAGCUGAAGACCGGUGAGGCCACCGAAGGAGCCAACGAAGACACGACUCAUUCCAGAGAAAUUGAGAGUUCUUCGAAGUCGCCUUCACGUCGCCUUCUUGUUUCCAUUCUCCUUUAUCACCUUUCGCGCACUUAUCCAGUUCCCCUUUUGCCGCAUUUCGAAUCGAUUUGUCUGCAGUUGGCCUACCACCUUCCGCUCAACACCCUCAAGCCGGACCAGACCAAUUUGAUCAAGUUGGUGGUCAUGAUUUUGACAAAUUUGAUUCCGAGCCUAUACUGUCCUCGAUCGUCGUUGAUUUUGUCGCUGCGCCAAGACCUGACGAAGCUGAUCCAGUACCACGGGAUGCCCGUGAUUUCGGCAUCGAUCAAGUGCGCGGUUGCCUUGGUCCAGCACCAACUCGUCGACGAUCGAUGGCUGUCGAUGAUCUACGAAACCGCCAUGAGUUCGCUGAGCCAGGCGAUGCCGGACAAGUCGCAGCUGACGAUUCGCGCGCUUUACGUCGUCAGUCAGAUUGUAGAAGCGUACUCGUUUGAUUCGGAGGCCAAUCGUGGGCUGCAGCGAGAAAGCUUAGAGGAGUUGGGUCAAGUGCAGUAUCACACACACGCGGAACGUGUGUAUGAGGUAUUGAUGCACGGUUGGGAGGCGCAGGCUUCGGUACAGAUUCGGGUGAUUGUCUUGCGGGCGCUGGGCAGUUUGGCGCAUCGAUGCCCCGGCAUUUUGGUUCGUCCGGCUGUACAGAAGAUUUUUGGAGUGGCUUUGGAGAGCGAGGCGCCGGCGUCUCUCAAGGUUCAGGCGAUUAAAACGAUUACCGAAUACCUGGUUCAUACAGAGGAUCAGUGGGUUGAGCAAUCUCGAUUGUCUUCGAGCAGGACUACUUAUUCGGGGCUCAGAGCUGCGAAUUUGGCUGAUCGGUCGGCCGAUCAGAAGGCAGGCGCUGUUUGUUCGGCGGCUUAUAAAAAUUUAGAUUCUGGACUGACCAAUGCGAUUGUGUCUCUGUAUGUUGAGCGCAUUGUGUCGUUUGGGACGGAUUUAGACGAAAAAGUUCGCUGGGCUUCGCUGGAGUUGAUAUCUCGCGCACUACGCAUGAAUCUGAUCUAUUCUGCGCUCAGCGUGCCUACAUUGGUGGCUUUGAUUACGGAUCGCCGUCGAGAUAUCUCUGAGAUGGCUGCGCGGACGCUUUCCUUAUUGGAGCUGUCAAAAAUUCAAACGCGUCUUUUGGAUAGUUUUUUGGUGUCAUUUGAAUUCCAAAAAAAAAUAUAUGGAAAGCCUCGCGCCGUGAUCAAGGCGGUGAUAUCGACCGAUCCCCCUGUGUAUAGAUAUCACUCCGUGCUGGGUAGUGUAUAUGAGUUAUUUGAAAAGGCGGGCGUGCGUACCGCCAAUGAUUUUUUGUCAGUGGCGAUUCGUUUGACGGAAAGUUUGGCCAAGAAGAACGCGUCUGUAAAUCCUCAGUUGGUGAGCUAUCUCAUUGCUAUGCUGGCGCAGUUGCCGUUCAGGAGAGAGCGAGAGCCGAUGUUUGUGGUUCACAGGAUAUAUGAGUGGUGGAUCAAACACGCGGACAUGGUUGCGGGUGACCUGAUUCAAUACUACAAGCGAUUGAAGCGCAAGUAUCGGGAAAGUGCGAAAAUCAACAAGAACGGCGCUGACGGUGGACCGGGGCUGAGUUUAUCUUCCUUCCUCUCCAACUUUCAGGCUGAUAUGGACAUCAGGUGGAUCGCCGACGCCGAUCUGUGGUACACCGAAUAUGCGGGUUCAUUUCAACUGGCGUUGAUGGGGUGCCAGUUGUUUUUGCUUAGCGAAUUUUACGUCAACUUGUACCACUUGUCUCUUUCGAAGUGCCAGCUCUUCGUUAAUUUGGAGAAAAAAAACAUGCUUCUGAACACACAUGUACAACACACGAAUUUGCGAGUCUAUGUAAAGAAGCACCAUGCGAAGUUCGAGCCGUUAUUCUUGUUAAAGAGUGAUUGGAUUGGCCGCGAUCAAGAGAAGAGGUUUGUGUAUUUAUGUUUUAAGGAGGCCACUGAGCAGGCGAAGUACGACAAAAUGGUUUAGGUUCUCGUUUGUAAUGUAGUUAUUUGUGAAAAUUGA